CUAUCCUCCGAAAUAUUACAAACUACCGCCCUACGCACCUCCUCGCAACUAUCCCCCAAAAUAUUAUGAACCACCACUACCGCCUCCCCCACCAAAUUCCCGCAACUACCCACCAAUGUAUUAUAAAUCACCGCACCGACAUCCCGAGCUAUACGAUGAAAACUAUCUACACUAUUCACGAGUAGAUGAUCGAUAUGGCUAUGGAUAUGAAUCAGAUCCGAGAAAAUAUUACAUUGACGCGUACGAUCCGUAUGACUAUGGAUAUGGUUAUUAUUACCGACCGCCUCCAAGUUCAGUGGUCCAUGAAAUACCUAAAUGGAAUGAUGUCAAAAAUUCAAAAUCGUAUCUGCGUCGGCGAGUAUAUACAGGAAGCGAUAUUAAAAGAGAAAGCAAGAAGAAGAUUCCCCGGAGACAGACUGAGAGAGUCGUCUAUGGUUGA